AUGAGUGAUGACGACAUUGAAACUUUAAAUUCAAGUUCAAUAAAUGAGUCUGUGGAAGCUAAGCGUACAAAUUGUCGAAAACGUUUACGGACUUUAGAAAAUGAAAAUGAGAAGUGUGAAUUGGCAGAAAAGGUACUCAAAUCUCAAUUGGAACUGGAAUACUCAUUAAUUGAAAAUUUAAAAGAAAUUGACAAAAAUUCCAAAUUAUCUGAACAAUUGGAGAAAUUAAAAAAUUGUGGAAAGACGAAAAUUAAAGAAGAAUCUGAAUUAAAUAAAAUUAAAGAAGAUUAUAAAAAAUUAAAUAAUAAUUUGGAAAAUAUUAAAAAGUUGGUGUCUCAAAUGAAGAGUGAAAAGUUAAAUAUGGAAAAUGACUUUAAUGAAGAAAUUGAAGUGAAAUUUGAAAAAUUUUAA